ACAAUAUGUACUUAUGUACCACUCGUGCAAGCGGCCGAACAAUUUCGACAGAUGUUUUAAUCGAAAUAUAAAUACGCAUGCGCAGUUUCCUAAUCGUGCCAGUACGUGUGUAUGCAUGCGCACUUCAAAUAUCGUGUAUCGUGUUUUGUGUCAGCAUUGUAUAGAUUGCAAAUUGCAGUUACAUAUUGUUCAAAUAAAUCAAUACAAUGGGCUCGAACAGAAAUGUAUUUGCUGUGAAUCAAUUACUACAAAGUUUCAGGAAAUUGCAUUGUUCGCACGUGAAAGGUUUUUCAUACGAAGGGUCUGGUAAAACAAUGGGCAUAAUUCUUAACUGCGAAACUGGUCCUAGAUUUUUAAUAAACAACUAUUCAUCGAUAGGAUUUGUCUUGAAUAAUAAUUCUGCAAUCAUCGGCCCUAUUGCAAUUUUCCCAAAAACUGUAUUGUGUUGGAAUAUUAAAUCUGGAAAGGACAUCAAUGGAAAGACAUUGUCAUUAUUUCUUACUGUUGAUCCAACACCAGAUAUACUAAUUUUAGGUUUAGAAACAACAAAUUAUGAAUAUAAGAGAAUCCUAGAUAUAAAAAAUAUAUUAAAAGAUAGAAGGAUAACUGUGGAAAUACUUCCUGUACAUCAUGCAUGUGGUGCAUUUAACUUCUUGUGCGAUGAGGGUAGAUAUGUUGCGGCAGCGUUAAUACCACCAGUAGGAAUUCCUCAAAAUAAAAUGUUCGGAGGAUCUAUGCAAAGAAUUGGAAAACCAAUUUUAGGUGACAAAUAAUGAAUUGUAAAUACCGUCCUAUUGUAUAUAUAAACAGUGAAAAUAAAUAUCGUUAGUAUACAUA